AUGUACACAUAUAUGGAAUAUCUACAGAAAUGUUUCUACAAAAGUACUAAUUGGAAUGAGGAUAAUAUAUUCUCCAACAUAAUUGCAACACCACAAGCUAUUCUUGACUUUCCAAUACCUAAUGGGUUGAAAUUGGAUUCUUCAUCAAAAUCAUCUGACUACCUGGCGUCGUCUUUUACGCUUUCUAAUUUUCAUCAGAUAAAUGGAUCAUUGGCAUAUUUGUAUACUCUGACGCCAUUAACAAACACAAUGGGGACAAAGGAUAUAUCAUUGCAAGAUGCAAUUGCCGGGUUCAGGAUAAUUGAACCUACGAUGAAAGCAAAUCAACAACGUGGGAAUACAAGGACUAACAACGGCACUACUACGAAGCCACUGCUACUAUAUGGACGCAUGUAUUUCCCAGGUUCAGCAUUGGAGGCAAUGAUCAUCAAACGAAUUAAUGAUAACACACAGUUAUUAAUCAAGUGCGUAAGUCAUCCACAGUUGGAGAAAAAUGGGACAGUCAUCGUGUAUUUGCAAAACAACACUGCAAAGUAUCUGAGAGAAGUCAUUUACUCAACCAAUGAAUCCUUGAUUGGAUUAAGAUGCUUGUACAAUUGGGGUACCAUGACAUCAAAAACUAUAAAUCCACACUUAGUUCCCAAAUUUGAAAAUUCAGUAGUCUCAUUAGGAACGGAAUUAUGGUUUGCGGCAAGAACAAUGAGUCCAGGGCUUUCUUCGGCGUUAAGGUAUUCUACCAGGUCCACUUCUACGGGGAAGCCACUAACAAUGACAUUAGCAGUGAAUCCAAUUUUGGGUCACAUAUCACUGACUUAUACUGUAAAGACUUCGGUUGCCUCAACCUUCUGCUCAAAAUAUGACUUUAACUUUUUUUCCUACGCUAGUAACUUGUCCCUUGGGUUUGAGUUAUAUAGUUAUGCCAAAAAGAAGAAACCGUUCCUGCCCGCGUUUGUGAAUAAUGACGAUGAGGAUGUAACUUCCUUUAGGAAAUUGAAUCAUGAUGUCACCAGAAGGACAAGAAGAGGAUCUUACAAUACGCGCAAUAGAAAUACGCAUCCCGAUACACACCCAAGAGAUUAUAACGCAAUUGACCCUCUUCAUCAUAAGUCAAUGGUUAAUGCACCACACCAUAAUGGGGGUGCUGUUACUACGGCAUUUCAGAACUUGGUGAAUGAGAGUGACUUUUCAAGUGUCUUGAAAGUAUCUGCGAGCUUGAAGGAUAGUAGCGUUCGAUUGUUAUGGGAAGGUCGCUUAAGAGAUUUCUUAGUUAGCACUGGUGCUAGAGUCUCAUGGAACCCAAUAACAAAUACCCCGGAAGUGGACAAGCUAGGUAUAACGCUAUCAUAUGCUUUCUAG